ACGUUUUGGAAGUUGUAUGUGUGUCAUACUUCAUAUCGCCAAUCCCAGCUGUUGCGCUUAUCUCAAUGGACUUUGAUCUUUACAAGUGAAUCGGUAACAAGUGGGAAGGUGUCUUGAUGUAAUGGACUAAUGUCUUCUCAGUUUCAUCGUGCAUGUUUGUCGAUUUUGUGGGAGACUGAACUCACUGAAGGAUCCCGAAUCACGAAGAGAUUCAUUUUGACUCGAGCUUAGACUAAGCGUACUAGUAGUAUUUGGUUUCGGACGCGGUGCGUGCACGUUCUGUGGGUGAUGUAAUUUUUAAAAUCUAAAUAAUCCGAUUUUUGUGGGUUCUGCGGUGGUCCCCGAUCUCGACUAAACGGAGUUACGGAAGAAAUUCACGGUUUUUCGACAAUCAAAUAUUUGCCAGAUUUCACGCUUGGCCGUGAACGAACCAGGCUGGCUGCAUUAGCAUCUCGCUCGUUUCUCUGCACUGAUUUAUUUUUUGGAGCCCCCUUGGAAUGCUGAGAGGAUAUCAUAAGAAUAGAAACCACUGCGAGUAUGUAAGGAAUGCAGCCGCAGAUUGCCAUGGACCGUGCUCAAUCUGACGGCCGUGCGCUGUAAUCGUCAAUGGGCAAUCGGUCAAGCAACGGUCUGGGACUGCUGUCACAGAGCUCCGAUCUGUCCAUGUUGCCGUCAAACGAGCCGAAGAGCGGGCGGGCCACGGCGGGCAUGAAGAGCCCCAAGUCGGCCUCCUCCUCUUCCUCCGAUCCCUCCCUGGCCAAAUCAUUCUCGCUGGGCCACGGCGAUCGACCGUCCAGUGUCGGCACCCUGCGCUUUCAUUCCAAUCACGGCGAGCACGUGCAGAUUUCGCCGGAUGGGAGUGCGGCCAGGCGCGUUCGCAGUUAUUGCAAAGGUAUUGUUUUCUCCAACCGUCCCAUCGAGAAAGGCGAAUGCGUGUGUUUCCGUAUCAGCGAACAGCUGGCGCUGCCCGUUCCCCCGGCAUCCGCCCGCUGCGGCGGCGAUGCCUCCAAGGUGGCCCAGUGGAGCGGCUCGCUGCGCAUCGGCCUGACCACCCACGACCCGCAGGGUGUCGAUCUGGCCCAGGCCCUCUAUCUCUGCCCGGACCUGACCAGCCGGCCGGGUUUCUGGGGACGUCCCCUGCCGGAAGUGUGCCGUCCGGCGCCCGGGGAUACCAGUGAGCGGAUUAUUCAUUUCCAGUGCCUGCCUGACGGAGCCACGAUUGUUUAUGGCGUUAACGGUGUCAAUAAAGGAACGGCAUUUGAAAACGUGGACACGAGUGUUCCCUUGUGGGCGGUAUUCGACGUGUACGGGACGACGGUGGCGCUGCAGCUGCUCGAUAGCAGCAGCAUUAAUCGUCCGCCCAACCAGACGCGCAGUCACAGCAGCAUUUCGCCGUUGUCGGUGCUGAUGGCCAUUAGAAACCGGCAGAAUUCCCUGACGUCAUCGCACCCACCACCCGUACCGGAACCGCUGCCACCUCCGCCGCCUCCUGUGCGGGCGGCUCCGCCUCCUCCUAACUCUACUCCUGCCGCCGUAGCAGCAGCGGUAUCGCGGAUGGCGAUUUCCUCAACGACCCCUCCCGUCUCCAGUAGCUCGGAGGCGUCGGCCUCCUCCGCCCCCGUCAGCGCCCGCCACCGGGCCCGACACUUCCCGCAUCUGCAGUUGAAGAGCCUGAAAUUCUUCCGGAAUCUCACCGGGCGCAAUGUGCUGUUGUCGGAAGAGGGCCGGUGUGUCAAGCUGGUAGCCGGGGAGUUCUGCAACGGCUAUGUGUUCACGCCGCGCCCCAUCGCCGUCAAUGAGACGGUGGUGGUGAGGAUUAUUGAGAAUGACUGGGAUUUUGACGGGGGACUGGCGUUUGGAUUGACCACGUGUGAUCCGGCGGCGUUGUGCCAGGCGAAUUUGCCGGAUGAUGCGGAUAAUCUCCUCGAUCGACCGGAAUACUGGGUGGUAGCCAAAGAUGUGGCCAGUAAACCGAAGGAAGGCCAGGAGUACGCCUUCACCAUCCGCCGCGACGGCACCGUCCAGAUCAGCCGGAACAACAAUAAACCCUCCGAUUUCCUGUUUGUGGAUAACUCGCAGACCUUCUGGAUGUUCUUUGAUCUGUACGGCACCACCAGGAAAAUACUGUUAUUAGGUUCAUGCCCCAACGUCCCGGAACCUUCAUCCCGUCCCAGCCCCGCUCCGACCCCGACCACCACCCCCCGUCCCCCGCAGCCCACCACCGUGGCCCUUCCGCGCACCGUCUCCUCGGCCGGGUCCUCCGUGCCGCGGCCGCGGACCUCCCCCGUCCGCCGGCAGACCUCCGCCACCUACCCCACCCAACCGCACCGCGACCUCAUCGAUCUGACCGUCGACCUGCCCAGUCCGCGCUCCCCCUCCAAACCCUCGACAUCGCAGGAACCGGCGCAGUACGGACUCCUUCGCGGUGCGGUGGGGACGCCUAGCCAACCGGUGGCCUUCCCACCCAUCCCGGGGACGAAGAGCACGGCGCCCCCGUCGGCCGCGGUGGUAAGCGAGUGUAUCGUGUGUUUUGAGGACGCGGCGCUGGCGGUCCUGUACACAUGCGGACACCAGGUGAUGUGCUAUCCGUGUGCCACUACCCAGCUGCAAAAAGGCAAAUCCUGCCCGAUUUGUCGCACGCCCAUCAAGGAUAUUAUUCGCACGUAUCGUGGAUGAAUUAAAGAUUAUGCCAGCUGUUAUGCGCGCUAUGCCAAAAGAAAUACGAAAUUUAUACUUCAAACAGGAAUUGUGCUCUGUUUUUUUUUAUUUUGUGCCGCGGUGGGGACCUUUCUAGUUGAAAUACUCGCGAAGGGGGAGGGCAGUUUUUUGUGUAAAGUGGUUUUUGUUUGUAUGUAUAUUUUGGGGAUAUUUUGUUUCGGGGAAUUGCUCAGAACUGAUGGCUCGUGACGCGGCAGCUGGUGGAUUAUUUUGGCUUCGUUUGUUUGUCGGUGUGCUUUCCUUGCUCUUUUGAUUGUCCAUGGCAACGUGGUCAGCAGGUGUUUUUGAUUUUAUGCCUUUUUGUUUUUACGGAUUUGCUAAUUAAUAUAAAAUAUAUGUUUUUAUUGACGCGCUGAUUGCUAAAUAAAUGGAAUUCCGGAGGA